CAGCUCCCGAGUUUGCGGGAGAUGGAGUCAGAGAGAGGCGGCGGAGGCAGCGAGCGGCGGCUGUGAUUUUAAUUUUCUAAUAACACAGUUUCCUUUUGUUGUUGUUGUUGUUUGGAUAAUUAUUAUUUCUAAAAGUCGAAUCUCUGCAGCCAUGAGCUGCCGCCGUUUUCGUUCGUCGUUUAACGCCCGCCCGUGUUAGUAACGCGUUUACUGUAAGUGUCUAUACAGUAUAUACACGUAACGCAUUGUUCAUUUUUUUUGCUGCGUGUUUGUAAAGCGGUUCGCGUCGUCCGCUUUCGUUGUGUAGCGUUCGGAAACGCGAGAGAGAGAGACAGAGAGAGACACGGUGUGUUUGAGGACACCGAUUCUCGUGCCUAGCAAUGACAACGAUGGGCGAGAGAGCGCGGCGGGGUAGCUGGUGCCACCAAUAGAAUCUUUGACUCCAGCAAAACCACUCUCCGGUUCACACCCGCUCCAGCAAGACGAGAAGAAGAAGAAGCAGCAGAAGAAUCCUGAGCAACAACAACAGCAACAACAACAACAACAACUUAUUUGCCUAGACUCGUGAGGGAGCGGAGUCCGGGCCGCCACGGGGGAAAAAUGGCGCCUACUCCGCUCUCCUUCGCCUCAUCAUCAACAUCAUCAACAACAUCGUCGUCGUUCUAUCAUCUCAACGUCCGUAGCUUCUUCUCGUCGACCUCGCUGCUGCUGAUGAUGAUGCUGCUACCGCUGCUGCUGCUGCUCCCGUCAGCCGAGCAGCAAGCGCAGGGGUCGCCGCGCUGCCCGCCCGGCUGCUCGUGCCGGGGAGACGGCGCCGACUGCGGCCGCGCGGCGCUGGGGAGGAUUCCCGCGGGGCUCCCGGGCGAAGUGGCACAGCUGGAACUUCAACACAAUCAGAUUGCCAACAUCCCGAAAGAUGCGCUCCGUCAUUUGGUCAACUUGCAAAAGUUGGACUUGAGUUACAACCAGCUAACGACCGUAAAUCCCGAAGCUUUGGAUGGCCUCGUAAACCUACACGAAGUGAAGUUGAAUCACAACCAUCUCUUGGAAGUGCCCGACCUCGGAAGUGCAACAGGCAGCGUCACCACGCUCUCGCUGCAGCACAACCGGAUCCGAGCCAUUGCAGCAAAGGACUUCCACAAGUAUUCGUCGCUGGAGUCUUUGGAGCUAAGCAACAACCACAUCACGGAGUUAAAGGCUGGCUCCUUUCCAGAGGGCAUGCGCCUGAAGCACCUAAACUUGAAUGGCAACAAGAUUUCUCUGUUGGAGUUGGGCUGCCUGGACAACCUCUCACAAUCUCUGUUGAGUCUCAAGUUGAACAAGAACCGGAUAACGUCCCUGGCCCCCAAGCUGUUCAAGCUACCUCACCUGCAGCACCUUGAGCUGACGCGAAACCGCAUCAAGCGAAUCGAGAGCCUGAGCUUCUUUGGUCUCGAGUCGCUGCAGUCGCUCCGUCUGCAGCGCAACAACAUCGGGCGUCUGAUGGACGGUGCCUUCUGGCGGCUGGAGAAGCUGGAGAUCUUGCACUUGGACUUCAACGCGCUGACCAACGUGACCAAGGGCUGGCUGUAUGGCCUCUCCUCCCUGCAGCAGCUCAACAUGAGCCACAACAACGUGUCGCGCAUCGACCUCGACGCCUGGGAGUUCUGCCAGAAGCUGGACGAGCUGGAUCUGUCGCACAACCACCUGAGCCGUAUCGAGGAGGGCACCUUCGUGGGGCUGGGCAUGCUGCGCUCGCUCCUGCUCGCUCACAACCACCUGAGCAACAUCGCCGACGGCGCCUUCAAGGAGCUGCGCAGCCUCCUCACGCUAGACCUGGCAGGAAACGAAAUCUCAUGGACAAUAGAAGACAUGCACGGAGCCUUCACAGGCUUGGAAAACCUCAACAAACUGGUAUUGAGUGAGAACAAGAUCAAGUCUAUUGCCAAGAAGGCGUUUAUCGGUCUGGAGAGACUGCAGUACUUGGACUUGAGCAACAACGCUUUGAUGUCCAUCCAAGACGGUUCCUUCUCUUCAUUGAAAGCCCUGACAGAAAUGCGGCUGAACAGCAGCAGCCUGCUGUGCGACUGCACCCUCAAGUGGCUGUCGCCGUGGCUGGAGGAGCGCGGUUUCCGGGACACGAUCGAGGCCGACUGCGCUCACCCCGAGUGGCUCAAGGGCAGGGACAUCUUCAGCGUGGAGCCCGACUCCUACGUGUGCGACACGUUCCCCAAGCCGCAGAUCAGCGUCCAGCCUGAGACGACCAUGGCCCUGCGAGGCAGCAACGUGACGUUCGUGUGCUCGGCUCGCUCCAGCAGCGACUCGCCCAUCACCUUCUCCUGGAAGAAAGACAACGAGGUCAUCUCGGACGGCCACGUCGAAAACUACGCACAGGUGCGCGAGCGGGAAGAGGAGGUGACGGAAUACACGACGCGGCUGCACCUCAUCAGCGUGGACUUCAAGCACGAAGGCCGCUACCAGUGCGUCAUCUCCAACCACUUCGGGGCCUCCUACUCCAACAAGGCCAAGCUCACUGUCAAUAUCUUCCCGUCCUUCGCCAAGCUGCCCAGGGACAUCACAAUCCGCGCAGGAGCCAAGGCGAGGUUGGAGUGCGCGGCCGAGGGCCACCCCGUGCCGCAGAUCGCGUGGCAGAAGGACGGCGGCACGGACUUCCCCGCAGCGCGCGAGCGGCGGAUGCACGUCAUGCCCAAGGACGACGUCUUCUUCAUCAUGGACGUGAAGCCUGAGGACAUGGGUGUUUACAGCUGCACGGCGCAGAACGGCGCCGGCACCAUCACCGCCAAUGCCACACUCACCGUGCUCGAAACGCCCUCGUUUGUCCGUCCGCUGGAGGACCGCACGGUGGUGGUGGGCGAGACGGCGGUGCUGCAGUGCAUCGCCGGCGGGAGCCCCGCGCCCAAGAUCUCCUGGACCAAGGACGGCGGCGUGCUCAGCGUGACGGAGCGCCACUUCUUCACGGCCAGCAACCAGCUGCUCAUCAUCGUGGGCUCCGGCGCGGAGGACGCUGGGCGCUACACCUGCGAGAUGUCCAACACGCUCGGCACGGAGCGGGGAGACAUCGUGCUCAAAGUGACGCCGUCUCCAAACUGCGAGCCCGCGACACCCCUAAAGAUUGACGAUGGCAGCACGGUGCUGGGAAUCGUGACCAUCGCCGUGGUGUGCUGCGUGGUGGGCACCUCGCUCGUGUGGGUCAUCAUCAUCUACCACACGCGGCGCAAGAGCGAGGAGUACAGCUCCACCAACACGGGUGAGAUGAGAAAUGAGACGAUGGUGCCCCCGGACGUGCCCAGCUGCCUCUCAUCGCAAGGGGCGCUGUCCGAGCGACAGGACGUCUUGGGGCAGAUUGGCGACGUUGGUCCCAACCACCAGCCCAACAGUGGGGCUCUGCAACCCAAUGGACACUUGGCACAGCACCGCGGUGGUGGCGGCGGUCACUGCCACGUGGAGAUGGAAUCCGACGCGGACUCUCCGGCCGGGCCCCUCCUCUUUCAGCCGCAGGCGAGCGGAGCCGAGCUCAGGGUGCUGUACAGCAAGCGGGAGCCCCGGGGCCAUCUGGCAAGGCAGCAAGCCGCCGACAUGACCAGGGACGCGGCCCUGCUCCCAAAUGGAAACCCAGUCGACUGUGACGACGUCAUCAGCGAAGACGAGGACGGCGGCGGGGGGAGCUCGGACGACGGGAUGGCCCCACAGCCCGACUCCGCGUGCUCGCCGCCCACCAGCAAUGGCAGCCACAUCUAUCCCAGCAACCACGACCGGUUAGCGGGGCCUACCGACAGCUGGAAGGGCUGCCCAUCCAAGUGCGCCGACGAGGCAUGCGCGCGCUCGGUGCGGCGCUCCCCGGCCGACACUCACGCGCUCGGUUGCCCCCGCCAGCCCCCGCCCGGGGGUCAGGUCGAGGAGCCACCGUUCCCAGACGGCGGUGUCGCUGCUCCGGCGGUGGCGGCAGCAGCGGCGGCGGUUCCCCCAGCCGCCGAGACGACGGGCCGCAGCGAACCACUCGGACAGAGAACGAGGGAAGCCUCGCAGCCACAACCGAGACGAAUCAAGACGUAGAGCGGCCGGCGAGCCGCGUCUCGGACACGUGGACUGACGUGCAGCACCCCGUGCCCAUCGUGCUCACCGAGAGAGAUGGGUAGCGGACCUUCUCUUAAGCGGCUUAAGACUGUAAACAGCUGCCGUCACGUGACCGCAAGUUGGUACUUGUUAACGCCGCUGCCGUUUAUUUGCAAUGACGCAGGAAACACGGUUUGUCAAACUGCACAGAAAGAAAGCAUUAUAUGUUUCUCCCCAUACCCUGGCCCAGGAUUCUUGGGAUGGUAACUUAUUCUUAAGUUUUUGGCUUCAGUUGUACGUGUGAGCUCAGCGUUGCAAAGCACAGCAAGCCUGUGUCACAACGGUUGCGCGAUGCAAGCAAGAACAGUACUUGGCAUCCUGCGAAAGUGUUUGUACGUCAAAGGGCGUGACCCCUGAAUUGUCGGUACUUGCGCUGGUACUUGCUUAGCACGACUAAUGGUACUGCUCAGCAGAGAUAGGAAGGCUGUACGACUUGAAUAGCGCCAAGACUAGCCACAUGUUCUAAAAACGUGGAAAUAUGAAUUCACAGUUGGAGAGGAUUUCCAAGACAACAACGGUACUACGAAGUGUUGCAGCCAGUUUGUGAAAUGCUUUCCCCUACCUCAGUUGCAACAUCACUCUUUUGAACAAUACACAUCGGUACUGAACAACACUACAGGCCUACAAUGUCCCUCUGGCAGUGAACGGAGUGCCAGUCGAAGGACGACUUUACAAGAGCAACGGUUUUCCCUGUUCUGGAUCUCAAGCGUCGAUGGAAGUCGCGAAAAGCACGGAGGUCCGCGACGAUGCUGAAAUAAAAACAAACGGACUUCUCUUUUAAAAUCCGUGUACAGCGUGUGUAUAAAAAAACGAAUAGGAAAGAAAGUAAGAUAAAUAACAGUGUUGUAUAUUUGUAUAGAUGAAAAGGUUUUUGCAAAUUAAUUGUUUUCUAUUUUAUUGCUCUUCAUGAUGCACACUCUAGCUCUUUCUAUUAAAACACAAAACAGCAACACUUUUCACAGUUUGCACAAAACCUGCACCAUUUCUUUACCAAAUUUGGACCUGGUCAUUGGCCUUCUAUACAUAUUUUUUUGUUGACGUCUUAAAUUUAAUCGAUAAAUUUACCAAUUACUACUACUUUCUAGAUCCGUGCCUUCAUCGUAAUUAAAGCACUAGGCCUAAUUAAUCUUACGUUGCCCUGACGAGCAACAGCACUAAAGCUGAUCGCAUGAGGACAUGGACAGCGGCUUUCGAAACCCUGUGCGUGCUUUAAUGGGAUUUAAUCAACAAGUAUUUUUCUUCAGAUGUUAUAUUAUGAUUUUUAUUUGUCUUGGUACCUUUUUCUCUUUUAUUCACAGUGCAUUUCCUGCUACGUUGUCGACCUUGAAGCUUGUACAUAGACAUAUCGCUUUAUUAAUUGUUUAAAAAAAGUCCCCUGUAUUUAGGAUUUGUACAGCAUGUGUGAAAUAAAAUGUUACAUUCUCUCCGAAUUUGAAAUGUCCC